AUGCACGAAUAAUAUGAAUUGUAUUACACUACGUUUAAUCAGGAGAGGGAGAGGAUUAGAGUAAGAGAGUUUGAUUACAUUAGAAAUUUUACACUAGCUUGAAAUCAGAGGAAUCUAAUAGAUUGUUAAAGAGUUAAUCUCUUAACGAAUCAUUGAAGAAAGCUGAGGGAUUCAAGAAUGAGAAGAAGUUAUAGAUUAAACAGAAAGCUCACAAAUUUAAUAUUAAAGCUAAAAUAAUAUAAAGGAAGAAUAAUUAGAUGUAAGAGCAUCAAUUUUUGGGAAUAAUAAAAUAGAAAAAUGAGUUAGUAAAGAAGGAGAUAGAGCUGUAAAAUAUAAUUUUUAUACAGAGAACAUCGUUUAAAUAUAUUGAAUGCUGAAUAAACUGAGUAGAUCAGAUAAAAUUAAAUCUACAAAUCUAUGAAAUAAAAAAUCUAUUUGGAGAGAGUAGAACAACAUUAAUUAGUAAUAUAUUUAUAAAUAAAAUAGAAAAUAGAAUAGGAACAUUAGUAAUUAUUAGAAUAGAUGAAUAAUAAAUUUUAAAAGGUUGAAUAAUAUAUUCAAAUAACAAGAGAAUCUGAGAAAUAGAAAUUUAGAAGUCUUAGUUAUAAAUAUUUGAAUUAUAAACAGAAAGCUGAGAAUUUAAUAUAGGAAAAAACUGAAAAUACUUUUCAAGAAGCUUUAGAUAAUAUGUCAAAGAGGGAAUAAGUUUAUGUAUCUUUAUUAUUAAAUAAAAAAGGAGAAAUAUAUUGAGACAAAGGAAAAAGAGAGAAAAAAGAUAGUGAGAAGAAAUAAAUUAGAGUUAGUUAAAUUUAAAAGAAAUAAGAAAAGAUAAGAAUCAAUAGAAAAAUCAUAGAAAAAGUUAUAAGAAUAAGAAAGAUAAAAAAGAAUAUUAAAUAAAUCUACAUCCAUACCAAAAAUUAUUAUUACUGAACAUGAUGAUUAGGCUAAUAAUGAUGUAGAAGUUGAAGUCUAUGAAGUACCAUAUUCUGAAGAAUAAACCCAAACUUAUGAAGAAAAGGUUAUUACUUCAAAAAGAAAUUUGAAAGAGGAAUAAUCAAUUUGUACAAAUAUCAAUGAAUCAUCUAUGUAAUUUACAUUACCUGAACCUAAAAUUAUUGAAUCUCCAAACUAUAAAAAACCAAGAAGAAAAUCAGAAAAGGAAAGAUAAUAUUAAGUUUUAAUGUAACAUAAUUUAAAUAAGGACUUAGGAAAUUAAGAUUGAAUCUGAAAUAAGAAAGAGAGAAAUUAGAUAGAGAAUUGAAUUCAUUCUUUAUCAGUUAGCCAAUCCAUACAAAUUGAUAUUAAUAAAUACUUAUGUGAUUAUUAGAUAAAUUCUUUUUGGAUAUUUCUCAUCAAUUAUGAAUAAAUUUGAAUUGGCUCUCCAAACUUAAUAAGAACUAUUUAAUUACAUUCUAUCAACAUAAUGGAAAGAUGAUUCAGAGAAAUAACAAUUAGGAGUAAUUUUUUAGAAACUCUAAGUAUAAUAAUUAUUAAAUUAGACAACAUGUAAUAUUAAAUUAGAUAUUGAUGAAUUCUUUACAAAAGAAAAGCAAGAAUAAUUGAAAUCAUAUUUAUAUGAAAAACAAUAACAAGUAUUAAUAUUAUUCAUUUCUUAAGAUUAGAAAGAUUAAUAAAAAUUUACAGGAAAUUCUUAAUAAAUAAUUUCAAGGACAAUAAUCUCCAUCUUGUGUAAUAGCUUAAUUGCCUCCAAGAUUUAAAAAUAACAAAGAGUCAUAUCUUUAAUAAAUGUAAAUAUAAGUAAUUUAGAAUAUAGUAAUUAUUUCAAAAGCAAUUUGAUAGAAUUAAAGAGUUGCCAUUCAAAAUUAUGUCAGAAUAUAGAAUUAAAAUAAUAAAGAGAGACAAUAACAAAAUAAAUUAGUUUAUUGUAAAUAGCGGAAAAUUUUAAAUUUGAACUAAAUUGUUUAGAAAGUGAAUUAAUGCAAAAUCGACUUUAAUUAAGUGAAUAAUUUGAGAACAUUAGAAAAUAAAUUGAAAUUAUUAUUGAAGACAAUUUAUUAUAAAAUUUAGUAAGUUAUUGUACUGCAAUAACUAAAGCUAAUAUUUUAUUGAAGAAAUAACUUAUUAUUGUAAAAUAAAUAAAUUCAUUUGAAACAAAAGAUUUGUAAAUAAAAUAAAUAAAUUAUAUUAGUUAUUUAUAGAUGAUGGAAAUAGAUAAAGAAAAUAAAUAAACUAGUUAUUCUUAAGAUACUGAUAUUACAAGUUAGUAAUCACCUUAAAAAAAUUAUGAUUAACAUCAGAUAAUCAAUAAAAAUAUUAGGAAUCAAGAAUGUUUAUGUACAAUCUUCUGA